AUGCUUCACUCACGUAAUAAUAAUACAAUCACCAUCAGCAAAGUAACAGUAGCACCAACAGCUGUAGAGGAACAAGUAACAGUAGCACCAACAGCUGUAGAGGAACAAGUAACAGUAGCACCAACAGCUGUAGAGGAACAAGUAACAGUAGCACCAACAGCUGUAGAGGAACAAGUAACAGUAGCAUCAACAGCUGUAGAAGAACAAGUAACAGUAGCACCAACAGCUGUAGAGGAACAAGUAACAGUAGCACCAACAGCUGUAGAGGAACAAGUAACAGUAGCACCAACAGCUGUAGAAGAACAAGUAACAGUAGCACCAACAGCUGUAGAAGAACAAGUAACAGUAGCACCAACAGCUGUAGAGGAACAAGUAACAGUAGCACCAACAGCUGUAGAGGAACAAGUAACAGUAGCACCAACAGCUGUAGAAGAACAAGUAACAGUAGCACCAACAGCUGUAGAAGAACAAGUAACAGUAGCACCAACAGCUGUAAGAGAACAAGUAACAGUAGCAUCAACAGCUGUAGAAGAACAAGUAACAGUAGCACCAACAGCUGUAGAAGAACAAGUAACAGUAGCACCAACAGCUGUAGAAGAACAAGUAACAGUAACACCAACAGCUGUAGAAGAACAAGUAACAGUAGCACCAACAGCUGUAGAAGAACAAGUAACAGUAGCACCAACAGCUGUAGAAGAACAAGUAACAGUAGCACCAACAGCUGUAGAAGAACAAGUAACAGUAGCACCAACAGCUGUAGAGGAACAAGUAACAGUAGCACCAACAGCUGUAGAAGAACAAGUAACAGUAGCACCAACAGCUGUAGAAGAACAAGUAACAGUAACACCAACAGCUGUAGAAGAACAAGUAACAGUAGCACCAACAGCUGUAGAAGAACAAGUAACAGUAGCACCAACAGCUGUAGAAGAACAAGUAACAGUAGCACCAACAGCUGUAGAAGAACAAGUAACAGUAGCACCAACAGCUGUAAAAGAACAAGUAACAGUAACACCAACAGCUGUAAAAGAACAAGUAACAGUAACACCAACAGCUGUAAAAGAACAAGUAACAGUAGCACCAACAGCUGUAGAAGAACAAGUAACAGUAACACCAACAGCUGUAGAAGAACAAGUAACAUUAGCACCAACAGCUGUAGAAGAACAAGUAACAGUAACACCAACAACUGUAAAAGAACAAGUAACAGUAGCACCAACAGCUGUAGAAGAACAAGUAACAGUAGCAUCAACAGCUGUAGAAGAACAAGUAACAGUAGCAUCAACAGCUGUAGAAGAACAAGUAACAGUAGCACCAACAGCUGUAGAAGAACAAGUAACAGUAGCACCAACAGCUGUAAAAGAACAAGUAACAGUAACACCAACAGCUGUAAAAGAACAAGUAACAGUAGCACCAACAGCUGUAGAAGAACAAGUAACAGUAGCACCAACAGCUGUAGAAGAACAAGUAACAGUAGCACCAACAGCUGUAACAGAACAAGUAACAGUAGCACCAACAGCUGUAGAAGAACAAGUAACAGUAGCACCAACAGCUGUAGAAGAACAAGUAACAGUAGCACCAACAGCUGUAGAAGAACAAGUAACAGUAGCAUCAACAGCUGUAGAAGAACAAGUAACAGUAGCAUCAACAGCUGUAGAAGAACAAGUAACAGUAGCAUCAACAGCUGUAGAACAAGUAACAGUAGCAUCAACAGCUGUAACAGAACAAGUAACAGUAGCAUCAACAGCUGUAGAAGGACAAGUAACAGUAGCACCAACAGCUGUAGAAGAACAAGUAACAGUAGCACCAACAGCUGUAGAAGAACAAGUAACAGUAGCACCAACAGCUGUAGAAGAACAAGUAACAGUAGCACCAACAGCUGUAGAAGAACAAGUAACAGUAGCACCAACAGCUGUAGAAGAACAAGUAACAGUAGCAUCAACAGCUGUAAAAGAACAAGUAACAGUAGCAUCAACAGCUGUAGAAGAACAAGUAACAGUAGCACCAACAGCUGUAGAAGAACAAGUAACAGUAGCACCAAGAGCUGUAAACGAACAAGUAACAGUAGCACCAACAGCUGUAAACGAACAAGUAACAGUAGCACCAACAGUUGUAGAAGAAGCAUCAUAA